ACAAACCUAAAAAUACUUGUUCUCUUCCCGGUAUUUUUAUAUUUUAAUUUACUUAAUUUACUUUACAAAUUGAAGCAAUUGGAUCAUCCACUUUCUUACGGAAAUAAAACUAGCAAAAUGAGUGAAGGAACUGAAUAUAAAAAAGAACCGUCUAAGUUUACAUCUCAACUUUUCACAACACAAGUAGGAGAAUCUACUUAUAAUUUUCGUGUUUUAAAAAUGGUAAAUUCUAUAUUCAUAUACAUUGGAACUCAAGGUAAUGAAAGUUUAGAUGAAAUGGGAAUAGCAAUGCCAAUGAAAAAUAAUGAAAUAGUUGGAACAACAAUAGCUGGUCCUUUAUUGGGUUGUGAUAGUCAAGAACUGGCUAGUAAAUUAGCAAAACGGCUAGGUAAACAGGUUUUCAUUAGUUGUAAUAUUCCUACAGAUAGAAUGAUCAGACCAGCGAUUGAAAAGGCUUUAACUGAAAAAAUAAAACUGCAUCCAGAUGCUUUUUAAAACAUU